CAAAGACAGCAACACCAAGCACUAGAAUUACAUUUGUUGAUUAUGUCGAAAAGAUAUUGCUACAACCUUUGAGUAUUCACACAACUAAAAAUGCCUUCAUUUCCCGAAAGUGGGCUUCAGCCUAACGAAGAAAGAUCCCACACUCUGUUUGUUGCUCCAAUAGUCAACAGUUCCUGGCCAAAUGGAGAAAAAAAUAUUUCCUAUACCAUACCAUCAGGAACUUGGUGGCCCUUUUGCGACUACUGGAAAGACCCUCAACAUAUUCUUUAUCAACUUGCAAAUUUUUGUUUCGUGUUAGCCUACUCUUCCACAUGUUCCAAAAGAGGAGUGCUGUUUAUGCAUUGCUGGUUGAUUUUCGGUUUGUUGCUAUUUUCAACUUGGGCUUGGAAUGUGAUUUGUGCCCCGGACGUCUUCACUUGGAAUUUCGCUUUCAUGUUGAUGAACAUGGCUCAAGUCUUCCAUAUCGUGUACCAGCUUAGACCUGUCAAAUUCGAUCCUGAGCUAGAAGAAGCCUAUCACGUUCUAUUCGAGCCUUUCAAGCUUUCUAGAUUACAAUUCAAGAGGAUGGUGAGUGCAGAUUUCGCCCAAAUAAUGUCUCUGCACGCUGGGGAGGCAUACGCUGUUCAAAAUCUGACAAGAACUGACAGGCUUGGGCUUCUUCUAUCGGGAAAGGUGAACGUACUCUCAGAUAAUCAGUUUCUGCAUCCAAUUUUGCCCUGCGAGUUCCUAGAUUCGCCCGAAUUCGAAUCAAGCAGAAACACUGUAGAUGACAAAUUCAAACUUUGUACAGUUCACACUCCAAAAGCUAUGAUUCAACACAAAUCUCGAUUUCCAAACGUUUCAACGACAAAUACUGACCAACCACUCCCACCAAUUAUAUCAGAUGUUCAUCGUAGCAGUCAGCACCUGCAGAUGCUUAUACUGGCAACGUGGCUCCUUGGGUUACCUCUUCGUCAAAGACACCUACAAUCUGUAGUGUCCAUCGUAGCAGCCAGCACUUGCAGAUACCUCUACUGGCAGCGCGCCUCUCUGGAGUACCUCUUCGUCAAAGACACCUACAUCGCCACCGUGCUCACCACCAUCAUCGCCAGAGACAUCGCCACCAAGUUGUACGCGAUGAACAACAAGAUCGUGACGGCCAAGGGGUCGCACCUGGACAUCAGGCUGCCCAGCAUAACAUCUUCACUGGCUUCGGGGGGCGAGUACAAGUCGCCCAUACGGUCCAAGAAAGCCAACGGAGGUCUUGGGCUGUGCUCGGAUACAUAUUCAAACGAGUCGAUCAGGCACAAGUCUCGAGAAAAUGGAAACCCAUCUCAGAACUGUUACCAGAACGAAAUGGAACCACUAACAGAGCUACCAUCAACAGAUGACCUUACGUCCAAUGACGUGGAAAGCUGGUUGGAGACCAGCUCUAAAUAUCACAGUUGUGAAAUUGUUGACACAGAUUAGCUGUCGAUAACUUAUAUUAUUAAUUAUUAUGUUAUAAUUUUUAUUAUGUAUAUUAU